GUUUUAGCAAAUGCUUACAAUUCUGCUUUGCUCAUGGCUGAUUGGUGUGACAGCUAAAUCGCUAUCCUCACCAUCUGAGACUUUGUUAGGAAGCGACAAAAAAGCAAAUACGCCUGACGUUUUCAAGGAGCCUGGCGCAAUGGACCAGGAAAUACCAAUGAAUUACUCACGGACGACUUUCCGAUUUGAAUACAACGACAAUGGGACUGAGAUCAUAGCACCAAAGGAGGUGGCGUUUGAGAUAAUACCAGUUGACUACUUAUGCAGUUUCUGCAAAGCGAUCAUAGAGAAAUUGAAAAUUCGACAAAAAGAAGAAGCAGAAUUUGAGAAGAACAUGCAAGACGAAUGCAAGAAUAGUAACCAUACAUCACUUGAUGGCGAAAACGUUUGUGCGCUGAUAAACAAAGUAAAUCUACAACGUCUUCAAGAAGACUCUGCUGCAAAAAUAUGUGCUGAAGAGAAGUUGUGUCUGGGCAAGGAGGAAGAACAGAAUAUAAAGGAGGAGGAAGAUGAAGAAACGGAGAAGAAGAGGCCUGAGCCUCCUCCGACAUUAGAAAAGGGAAAAAAUCAAGAAGCAGUAAAGGAAGAGCAAGAAAAAUUCAGCAAAAGCAAAACUGUUGAAGCUGUCCCUGCUGUAAAGGGUGAUGAGCAGCCGAAGAAAACAGACACCGGUACUCCUUCAGCAAAAGAAGACGCCUCGGUUCUCGCUGUCUCUGGCGCUCAUUUGGACUCUUCAGCUAUAGCUAGCAGUUUAGACAAUGCAGUCAACAUUGCUUCAGGACGAACUGGUGGAGUGGCAAAAGUUUCACCCAACGGAAGACUAUACUUAGACCGCACAGUUCAACUAAAACUGGAGGUGGAGGAUCCAAAAGUGGAAAACCGAUAACUAUCUGCAAAUCUAGGUUCAAUGAGGAUACUUAAUAAAAGAUAUUGUGUAUUGAC